AUGGCUCACAGAAAAGUAAUGCUGCUGGUGGUUGCUGUGUUGGUUUCCAUGGGUGUUGAGGCUCAGACCAUAACAGAGUCUGAACCAGUGGUUAAAAAGCCAGGAGGAUCCCACAAACUCACCUGCACUACCUCUGGAUUUAGCUUUUCAGGCUCAGUGUGGAGCUGGAUCAGACAGGCUCCUGGUAAAGGACUGGAGUGGAUCGCCUUGAUACACACAGCUAGUUCUCCUAUCUACUACUCCCAGUCAGUCCAGGGUCGAUUCACCAUCUCCAGAGACGACUCCAGCAGUGAGGUGUAUCUCCAGAUGAACAGUCUGAAGACUGAGGACACAGCCGUGUAUUACUGUGCCCGAACAGACACAGUGAAUGGUUGGUACUACUUUGACUACUGGGGGAAAGGAACAACAGUCACAGUAACUUCUGACACACCAAAGGCCCCUACUGUGUUUCCUCUGGUACAAUGUGGUUCUGAGACCAGUGACACGCUGACUCUCGGCGUCCUCGCCACCGGCUUCACACCCGCCUCCCUGACCUUCAGCUGUGCCACUGCCAGCGGGACGAACCUGCCCGACUCUGUUCAGUACCCUGCAGUUCAGAAGGACAGCUACUAUUCAGCGGUCAGCCAGAUCCGAGUGAAGAGAUCAGACUGGGAACAAAAUGUUAGCUGUACCGUGGGCCAUACAACUGGAUCAAAAACCGUCCACAUUGGACCAACACCCGUGUUUCAUCAGGCACCAACUCUUAGUGUGUUGGUCCCCUCUCCCGAGGAUGAAUUGAAGGGUUCCUUCUCCUGCUUUGCCAUUGAUUUUUCGCCUGAAAAACAUGAGAUCACAUGGCUAAAAAAUGGACAGGAAAUCACCAACCCAAUAUCUGAGAUCAAGACACCUACUGUCAGCAGAGAAACUGAAAAUGGACCUGUGUUCAGCACAGCGAGCUAUCUCAAUGUCUCAGAGUUGGUUAAAGGUGACAAAUUGACAUGUUUGUUUGAAGGACCUAAGACAAAUGAGAACAAAUCUGUCACCUAUAAAGAAACUGGCACAUGCAUAAAGCCUACUUGCCCACCUUCUCUGGACAUAAAAAUCAAACCAAUCUCAUUGGAGGACAUGUUUCUCAACAAAAAAGCUGAGCUGAUCUGCGAAGUCACUCCUAAAGAGGACGUGUCUGUUGAGUGGCAGGACGAGAAUGGACAAGUAAUAGUUGCAAGCAGAAACCUGAGUGAGAGCAAUGGGAAAAGCAUAUCUGCCAUAAUUGACGUCCUGUAUGAGGAGUGGAGCAGGGGGAUAGAUUACAUCUGUGUGGUUGAACAUCCAGACUUGAUUGAGCCUAAGAAGGAACCUUAUCGAAAGAGCGGAGAAGUGCCUCAGCGUCCAUCAGUUUUUCUACUGCCUCCAGUAGAACAAAUUCGAAAUAACAUGGUGACCCUGACUUGCUAUGUGAAAGACUUCAAACCCAAAGAGAUUGAGGUGUCUUGGCUUGUUGACGAUGUGGCAGCAGAUUCAAAAAUGUAUGCGUUUAAUACCACAAACCUGGUAGAAAACAACGGAGUCUACUCUGUCUAUGGCCAGCUAUCAUUCAGCCUUGAGCAGUGGAACAGCAGUGAAGCGGUGUAUAGCUGUGUAGUUUACCAUGAAUCCUUGAUGGACACAUCCCGAGUCAUUAUGAGGUCCACAGUGAGGAGAACAGCUGAGAAUUCCAACACGGUCAACCUCAACAUUGACCUCCCUCAAAGUUGCAAGGCCUAGUAGAUGUUUUGUUGUGUCGCUGUGUCUUAUGCCCUGUUUGUCAUGUUUGUUGCUUGUGAUAUGACAUGUUGUUUGUCUUUUAAAUGCAGAUUCAAAAUCAAAAUAAAAAA